AGGAGGCCGGGAAGCACGCGGUGAUGGCGCGGACGGGGCUGCCGGCGCGCGACCUGAGGGUGCUCGACCCACUGCUGUCCUACCCGUCCACGAUCCUAGGCCGCGAGCGCGCCAUCGUCGUCAACCUGGAGCGCGUCAAGGCCGUGAUCACCGCCGCCGAGGUGCUGCUCCCCAACUCCAAGGACCCCGACUUCGCGCAAUUCGUCCGCGACCUCCAGGCCCGCGUGCUCGCUUCCUCUGGUCAGGCUGCAGAGUUUACUGAUAUUGAGGGUGAAUCAUCUGUGAUUGCUUCACCAUUUCCUGCUCCCAGUUCAUCUAAAGGACAUGAACUGGAGAUGGCUAAGAGGACUACUGAUGCGGUGGGUGGAAUGAUUCACAGCAGCAGUGUGCCGACGUUGGCCACAAUGAAAGAUGGAAGCGCCAAGGUCUUACCUUUUGAAUUUCGUGCGCUUGAAGUGUGCCUCGAGUCAGCAUGUAGAUCUCUGGAAGAGGAAAUAGAUGGAGCCAUGCUUACUGUAGAAGCUUUUCUUAAGCUGACUGGGACUCUGGAGAAAGAGGCUUAUCCAGCAUUGGAUGAGCUAACUUCAAAGAUCAGUACAUUGAAUCUUGAGCGAGUUAGGCAAAUUAAGAGCCGCCUGGUGGCAAUUUCUGGACGUGUGCAGAAGGUGAGGGAUGAACUUGAGCACCUAUUGGAUGAUGAAAUGGAUAUGGCUGAAAUGUACUUGACAGAAAAACUUGCUCAACAAGAUAUCAGUGAGACUUCAUCUAGAGUUGAGGUUGAUGAUCAUGAUCCAUCUCAGUUAGAGGAGGGUGGGGAUGAAGAUUAUAGAAGCGAGCCAGAUGGAACCAAUGUUAGCUUUGCUGGUUAUAAGCCCAACAUUGAAGAACUAGAGAUGCUUUUGGAGGCCUACUUUGUGCAAAUUGAUGGCACACUAAAUAAGCUUUCACAUCUGAGGGAGUAUGUUGAUGAUACCGAGGAUUACAUCAACAUAAUGUUGGAUGACAAGCAAAAUCAGCUUCUGCAGAUGGGGGUCAUGCUCUCAACUGCCACGGUUGUUGUUACUGCCGGAGUGGCCGUCGUCGGUCUUUUCGGGAUGAACAUUGGCAUAUCGCUUUACAAUCCCGCAACCCCAGAUGAGACACGAGCAGCACAUGUGAAGUUCUGGGAAACCACCUUCGGAACCAUUGCUGGCUGCACGAUUCUGUACAUAGUAGCCAUGGGGUGGGGGAAGAGGAGCGGGCUGCUGCAACUCCUCGCCGCGCCGCUCCCCACCAACUCCUUCUUCCAGAACUUCGCGCUCAACAACGGGGACCAGCCGGAGUACAUCCACCCGUACUCGGUCAAAUCCGCCGCCGGGGCGCUCACGGUCUGCUACCCCAAGACCGUCCACUCCCCGCCCUUCCACGCCCAGACCUUCGUCGCCGACCUCACCCUCUCGUCCCCGUCCGCCGCCACUCCCGCCGCGCCCCACCGCAUCGCCGCCUUCGACGACCUCUCCGUCACCCUCGACUUCGCCCCGUCGCUGCGCGCGUUCCUCGUCCGCGGCAGCCCCUUCGUCACGGUCGCCACCGCGGGGGCGGGGGUCCCCGUCGACAUCUCCCUCGCCUCCGUCCACGCCUUCCUCGAGGCCGCCCCGCGCGACGACACGCUCACCAGGUGGCGCCUCCGGAUGAACAGCGGCCAGACCUUCCUCCUCUACGCCUCCGCGCCCAUCCGCCUUUCCAUGUCCAGCGUCACGCAGCUGGCCGCGCCCGGCUUCUCCGGCGUCAUCCGCGUCGCCUUCCUGCCCGACGCGGCCAUGGAGGCGGUCCUUGACCGGUACAGCGGCUGCUUCCCGACGGGCGGGGAGGCCGCGCUGAACCGGCCCUUCUCCGUCGACUACGCCUGCGGCGUCCGUGUGCUCGAGGACUUCAGGUACCGCAGCAUCGACGGCGACCUGGUCGGCGUCGUCGGCGACGCCUGGGCUCUAACGACCGACCCGGUGCUCCCCACCUGGCAUUCCACCCGCGGCGUCAGCGAGGACGGGGUGCCCGAGAUCGUGGCCGCGCUGCGCAAGGACGUGGACGGCCUCGCCUCCACCCCCAUAACCACCACCUCGUCCUACUUCUACGGGAAGGCGGUCGCCAGGGCGGCGAGGCUGGCGCUGAUCGCGGAGGAGGUCGGGUGCCCGGAACUCAUCCCGGCGGUGCGCGGCUUCCUCACAGCCACCGUCACGCCGUGGCUGGACGGCAGCUUCGAGGGCAAUGGCUUCCUGUACGACCCCAAAUGGGGCGGCCUCGUCACUCUGCAGGGGACGGCGGACACCGGGGCCGACUUCGGCUUCGGGAUCUACAACGACCACCACUACCACCUGGGCUACUUCGUGUACGCCACCGCCGUGCUCGCCAAGAUCGACCCGGCCUGGGGCCGCGAGCACAUGCCACAGGCCUACUCCAUGGUCGCCGACUUCAUGUCGACAACCUCGCGCGAAGCCGCCGGCGCCAGCUACACCAGGCUGAGGGCGUUCGACCUCUGGAAGCUGCACUCGUGGGCCGGCGGGCUGACGGAGUUCGGCGACGGGCGGAACCAGGAGAGCAGCAGCGAGGCCGUCAACGCCUACUACGCCGCCGCGCUCCUCGGGCUGAGCUACGGCGACGCGCGGCUCGUGUCCGACGCGGCCACGCUCGCGGCGCUCGAGAUGCUGGCGGCGCAGACGUGGUGGCACGUCCGGGAGGGCGACGCGACCUACGAGGACGACUUCGCCGGCAGCAACCGCGUGGUGGGCGUCGUGUGGGCGAACAAGAGGGACAGCGGCCUCUGCGAGGCCCUCUUCCCGGACGCCCGGUUCGUCAGGGACCUGGUGGGCUGGACCGCGCCGGCGUUGGCCAGGGACGGCAUCGGCGACGGGUGGAAGGGGUUCGUGUACGCCUCUGCGGCCGCUGAUGGUGGUACUACUGCUCAUGGAAUGCUCUUGGACAUGCUUGCAACUGAACCGGCUCUGGUCUCUUCGUGA